UAUUUUUUCAAUGAUCUCUCUUGUAGCUCUGUACAUGUUAUAGUGGAUAGUUUACUGGAAGAAUGGAGAAGUCAAUAUAUGGAAAGGCUUAAAAGUAGGAGAAGACAUGACUAUAUCCUUCUAGAAAACUCUCCUUACUCUUUAACAUCUUGUCUUGCAAGUAUGUGGUUAUUCUCGAUCACAUUGCCCAGGCCAGCUUUUUAAUUUCCUUUAACUGAAUAGUAUUAGGCUAAGAUUCAGAAUGUGUCUUAAAAUGCAUGUCACAUUAUUUAAAUGAAUCAUAUAAGAUAUAUUGAUAAGCAUUGUGAUAUUUACCCACCACUAUUGUUCUGGAGCCAAAACCAUUACUUAUAAAUGUUAUCCUAAAGAUAGUUCUUUCAUUCUAACAGGAAGGCUCAAUUAAUCACCACAACAUAUUCUGACCUGAAGGAUAAUCUUAUUAGUUUAAGGACAUGAAAUCACACAUCAUCCAUCUGGGCCCAGCAGGAAAUGCUGGACAGAACUAUGUUGUUGUGAUGGGAAAUCAUUGGUUGAUUCCAUGUCCCUCCCUCUCACUCACUGUAUAAAAACCUUUGUCAGUCCACAUCCUCACAACUACUUAUCUACUUUGAGCUUCUGUAGAAGAGCAAAGUCUGGUGGCAUCAUGGUAAAAUUUCUGUUGCUGGCUUUGACAUUUGGACUGGCUCAGGCUCAGAUCGAGGGAAAACGGAAAACUGUUGCAAUUGCUUCUAGCAGGACAGAGAAGAUAGAGUUAGGUGGAGAACUGAGGAUCUAUUGUCGUGAACUUUCUUGUGAUGAGGGAUGCAAGGAAAUGAAAGUCACAUUUUAUGUCAAUGAAAAUGGACAGUGCUCAUUGACCACAAUCACUGGGUAUUUGCAAGAAGAUGGUGAGACCUACAGAACCCAGUUUCACGGGGAUAAUCAUUAUUCAGCUGUGAAGCAGACACAAGAGUAUAUAGUCUUUUAUAGUGAGAAUGUUGACAGAGACAACCAGGAGACAAAAUUGGUGUUUGUUGUUGGCAAUCAACCUUUAACACCUGAACAAAGGGAAAGACUCGUACAAUAUGUUGUAUCAAAGGGCAUUCCUCCUGAAAAUAUUCGAGACGUCCUGGAGACAGAUACCUGCCCUGACCUGUAAUAAUGAUUUUUGUAGAUAACAACAGCAUGAGAAUUAUGCAUCAUAUCCUCCUGACCAUGGAAUCAGUAUCGUGUAUAAUUC